GAAUGGAUGCUAAAUUGGAAGACAAAAAAGAGACUUCUGUCAAACAUAAGUCUGCAAGUGAAACUGAGAAGAUAAAUCAAACAACAAAAAGAAAGUACACUGAAAACGAAGAUGGCAAAACUAGCGAGGGCAAUGAUGACAAACCAGGUAAUAUAACCAAUAGGCAUAGAAAUGACAUAAAGGUAAACGACAGACAGAAGAUGGAUAAUUCAACAAAACGAAGGAAAAAGAAAAAUACAGAACCACGGCACGAUUCUGAGGAAGAAUUAGUGGAAGGCAAUAAGGAAUUCCUUAUUGUUGCUGGUCCCGGCAAAGAUCGCACUUACCAAUGUCCGACCAUUCAAACACACCCGAAAAUUAAAAAUCCACCACCCGCUCCACCUCCUCCACAAAGUGAUACGAGACUCUUUGAUCUAGAAGCCACCUGCCCCGAUAACCAGUACCAGUUCUUAGCAUAGAAAAAAAAACUCUUGGAUUUAAUAAAAGGGAGAUACAUGUAUCUCUGAUAAGUUAACAGUAGCUAGAU